AUGGGAGAUAAUUGUACAAUAGUUGAUAAGUAUACUGGGGUUGCAGAAGAUAUCAAUUUAUAUAGACUUGAUAUUUCAUCAAAUCUAGACACUAAUUGUAAAGACAAUUCUAUAGAUGAAGUGAAAGAUACUGUUAAAAGUGAAGAAUAUAUACAAGAGAACACACUUCAAAUACAAGAUAUUGAUUGUAAACAAAGUGAGGACUCUAGAGAAAAUACAGAAAGUAUAGAAUCAACUAAUUCCGAUACUUUAGCCGAACUAGAACUUUCUACAGAAAAUUUAAUAAAAGAUGACAAUUUGUCUCAGCAACGUCACAUACAUGAUACAUCAUUACCUUAUAAGUUGUGGAUUGAUGCAAAAAGUCGUGAUUGGAUUCUUGAAUGGCAAUCAAAGAAUGGUAGAUGGGGUGUAAGAAAAUUUAGCUGCAAGCGUUGGGGGAAAGGGAAGGCAUAUUCUCAUGCAAUGAACUUCUUAGCCUCAUUAACUUCUGGAGGAAUUAUUAAAGGAAGUCAAUACAAUAGACAAUUUAAUGAUUUAAUAAGUGUAACUGGGGAUGGGAAUGGAUCUUGUAGAUCUGUUGAAGAUGAAUUAGUCCUUCAGUUUCUUUCACAGCGUGAUGCUGCAUCAAAUUCUGAAAAACCAAAACAAAGGCUAGAGAGUAAUCCUGGACUGAAUGCACUAGCAGCUAUUGCAGCAGCUGCCACUGCAUCAAACUCAGCGAAUAAUUCUUUGAAUAUUAAAAAUCAGGCUAGUCAAAACAAUAGUAACCAGAACCAGCAAACACAUGUUAGGGGAGCUGUGCGCAAGAGUGGUGUUCCAGGCGUUUACUGGAGUCAAAAACCUCAAGGAUGGAGAGUUGUAUAUUAUACUGGAAAAGAUAGAGAAUUUGAAUAUUUUAAAGUGCCAGCUAGUGCCUCUGAAGAGGUAAUAAGUGAGAUUUUGGAAGUUGCAAAACGUUUUAGAUCUCAAGUUACUUCAGAAGGACGCCAUUUACCAAAUGGUACUGUAGGAUCUAGCUCUAAAAGAGCUAGAGCUGCUGAAAGGAAAGCAGCUGCAGCUCUCUCAAAUGAAUCUGCUCGUCGCAGAACACUUGUAAAUAAUGUAUCCCCAUAUCCUAAUGAUACUUUUAAUGGAAAAUAUAAAAAUAACCCCAUUGAUUCAGCUCCUAGUAUUUUAGUUGAUUCAGAUACAUUAUCAUCGGCUGGGUCAUAUGGUGCAGCAACUAUUGCAGGGAAAAUUGUAAAUUCACCAACUAGUAUAACUCCUGGCAUCUAUGAUUGGUUAUAUAACCCUAUGCUUAUGAAUUUAUAUGGAAACUAUUCAGUGGCAAAUCAGGCAGCUGCAAUACAACAAUGGGCAUUAUUGCAAAAUAUAUUGUACCAACAAAAUUCAUUAGUGCAGAAUAGUGUACAUACAUCUAGUGAAACACCUGGGGUUCCACCAAUGUUCCCGAGUCCAUUCCUGACUAAUUAUCCUAUUCAAUCUCAAAGUACUAACAAUACUCAGAAGACACAUCUCUCUCAACAACAGCAACAAAUAAUUAAUAAUCAGAAUUCAAUAAAUCAAGCUAACAUGGAUUUAUUCUAUAGAUACUAUUGUAUAUCUCCUCCUACACAACAUCAAAGUACCUCUGUAAUGAGUUCACCAAAUACAAAUGUAAAUUUCCCUAUGAAUGAUGCCAUAAAUUGGCUAUCACAGCUUAUGAAUAUGCAAAACUACUCACAAAGUGGGGAAACAACUUUAUUACAAACAGAUAUAUAUGGGGACAAAUCUCAGCAAACAGAUACAAUAAUACAAAGAACCACAACUUAUCUAUCUGAGUCUAAACCAGAUCCAGCUGAAGAAAAUAAACUUGAUAUACAACAAAACAAACCAUGUGGAACUGAAAAUAUAGAAGUGAUAAAGAAUAUUGAGGAAGAAGAAAAAGUCCAACCUGUAUUUUCCAAUACUUGA